CCGCCGCUUCUCCCUCACCUUCUUCACCUGCCGCCGAUCGGCCGGAACUCGGUCGUCGUCGUACCUAACAUUAACCUAAAUUAUUUCUCCGGUGUUCGAUUCUUCCGGUGGCUCUGUUCACCAGGUACUUGAUGUUUUCCCUUUUUGUGGCGAUCGUUUUCUGUUGUCGUUUCAACUCCAAAUUCGUUUGAUUCGUAUGUACGUUGUUAGAUUUUUAUUGUAAUGGAGAAGACAAAGAUUUUGGUGUAUGUAGGUUUGUAUUUAAUUUCGUUUUGAUGGAAAGUAAAUUUUGAGGUAUAUUCUUAGGUUUAAUUGGCAUUGGGAUCUUUUUUGUUGUGACAAGCAUGAGCUUAGUACAUUUUACCUUUCUAAUGAACAUAUGCCACUUGUUGCUCUAUGAGAAAUUAGCUAAAUAAUGUUUAUGAACUCAAAGUUUGUAGAAUGUUUUCAACUGUCAUCUAGAUUCUAAAUGCAUAUAAUGAUAGCUGGUAGUGGUUACGAGGUACAAGCGAUUCUUUGUGUAAGGGCAUGAUAGAAGUGGCCUAAGUGAAGGGAAGUUUUUAAUCUUCUAUGUUGAAGUUGUAUUUUUGAGUCCAUCAUCUGUCUGAAUGUUUUGUCAGGUAUUUGGCAAUUUAGGUAGCAUGUAAUUGAUACAGACAAAAGAAGUACUUUUAACAUUAUAAGAAGUAGUGUUGUUGAGAUCUAUCUAGCCCUAAAUAGCUUUGGAAAUUGGCCUAAAGACCCCAUCAUUGUUUUUCUCUUACCUGCUUCUGGUUGUAUGUUAUUGCUUUCUCUUAACCAGAAUUUCAAAUCUUUAUCAUUUCCGACUUUCUCUCUUUGUCACACUUUUCACAAGCGGGGGGUCUUCAAAGAAACAGCCACCUUACUCUUUGGGGUAAGGUCCGGUUUGCAUACAUUUUACCCUUGGUUUGAUUUUUGCCAAUUGUAGUAUUGCCAUUUGUAUGUCCUCUCCGCUAAUCCUCUCAUAUUGGUUUGCCAACAGUUGCAAUCUGGGUAAAAUGUGUUUCUGGUUAUGAAAAGGCAGAAACCCUGUAGUGGAUUCUAUAUCGUAUCUGAUUGAAUCACGCCAAUGGUUUAAUCUUGGAUGAAUAAGAACUUUUCAUGCUUUACGUCAGUAGCACAUAAAGAUGAAACCGAAUACCAAUGAGAUGUUGGGUGCACAGAGGUCAAAGAAGUUUCAGGGUCAAGGGCCAAACUGGAUUCUCAUAGCCGGUGGUGCUUUGUUAAGUACACUGUCUGUUCGUCUUGGUUACAGGCUCAAACAGAUCCUGGACUUGAAGCAACCAGAAAACACCAAUGGUAGUUUAAAAGAGAAUGGGAAACUCAGAGUCAGAAAGAGGUCAGGAAAUUGUCGUUCACAUUCAAACUUGUGUUGUUUUGAACAGGAUGACGGCUGCUUCAAUUGCAUGUCUGGAACUGAAGGUGAGGCCGAGACCAAGCCACAACGCAACGGCCAGUUGCAGACCGGUCCCGAGAUGGUGCUCCCUUUGGUGACCGUUUCGGCUCCCGUAUACAACAAAGAAAACGGCGUGAUGUGGGCGUCCUCACCCGACAGAUUGGAGCUACCCCAGAAACCGUUCCACCACUCAAACAGCUCCGACUCCCCAUGCGUCUCGGAAUCCGGCUCCGAUAUUUUCAGCAAACGAGAAGUAAUCCAGAAGCUUCGACAACAGUUAAAGAGAAGAGACGACAUGAUACUUGAAAUGCAAGAUCAGAUUGCAGAACUACAGAACUCUUUAAGUUCUCAACUUUCCCAUUCUGCCCAUCUGCAAUCGCAGCUUGAGGCUUCAAACCGAGAGCUCUUUGAUUCCGAGAGGGAGAUUCAGAGGCUAAGAAAGGCAAUCGCCGAUCUUUGUGUAGCACAACCUGGCCCUGAAAAACCGCACGGAUUUGCAAACGGGUAUCUAGAGGUCGAUAGCAGCAUGGAGUCGGUGGAUAGGAUGGAUAUAUUGAAAAGGGAAGUAGGGGAGUUGAAAGAAUUGAUAGAAGGGAAGGAUUAUUUGCUUCAGAAUUACAAAGAACAGAAAUCUGAGCUUCAAUUGAAGGUUAAAGAAUUGCAACACAGGUUGGAUUCCCAAGUUCCUAAUAUUUUGUAGGUUUUUCGGGGUUUUUUAGUACGUCUUUUUGUGUAUUCUUCCACCGGUUACUUUCCUCUUCUCAUUCUGAUUAAUCGGAAAGCUUCAUUUUUUUCC